AUGAACACCCUCAAGGCGCCAUCCCUGCACUCGCUGCUCGAUUCAGAUCAUGGCUCCAACGAUAGUUUGUUGGCAGAAUCGCUACAGCUCGACAUCGAAGAGCUGGACGAUGAGGAAUACGCCAUUCCGGCGGUGGACACGUUACCGACUCUUGAAAGCGUACUGAGCGAGAUUGACAGUGAUUUGGAUAGCGCCUCAACACUGGGUGUUCGGCAUUCGAACGGUAAUGGCACCGGAACGCAUACCUCGAUUGCGGACGACGACCCUAUGCGCGGUGCAACUACGCCAACCCCAUCGCUGGAUGAACAACUAAAGCUGGAGUCAAUUCUAAGGCAUGUAGUGUUGCAUGGCGUUACGGCACAGUUGACAUCCGCGGUUGAUCGAGUUGACGCGGGUCUGGCCACUUCUUGUGCCGUUUCGAUGAUGAUAGCUGUUGGUACCUCGCACGGGCACAUUUUAGCGUUCGAUUACACUCAAACGCUCAAAUGGUGCUGCCAAGAAGGUAUACUGCAAGGAGCCGUUUCUGCGAUGGCAUUCAACGAGGAUAGUUCUCGGUUGCUAGCUGGCUUCGCACGUGGGUCAAUUCUCAUGAUCGACACGCAAACGGGAGAUGUCAUACGCACGCUUAAUGAUGUGAUUACCCCGAAUACGGGCGUGCUGCACCUGAAGUGGACAAACAGGCCCGCUCUGGCCCUAUGCUCCGACUCGGGAGGGUCGGUUUGGAGUCUCAACUUCACGCGUCGACUAGGAAUUCGAGGCUGUGAUUCACGCUGUCUGUUUAGCGGCGCUCGAGGAGAAGUUUGUACGGUGGAGCCGCUGCUGUUGGGAGACGAAGAGCAUUCGCUAAAAACGUACACGCUCGUUGCACUUGCAACGCUGAGCAAAUUUUUCGUUGUCCUCAUCCGCCCACGGCUGAAGGUGAUCAAAUUUCAUCCCAUGGCUAGCAAUCCGGAUUGUUUGCCCUUGCUAGCCUGGCAAAUGGUUCUCAUUCAAGCGGCUGAUUCGUCUCGAACGAUUGAUCCAGUGUUAGCCGCAGCACGCGGGAGCGAUCUCUUCUUCCACCAAAUCAUCUAUAAUAGCGGCCGAAUUUCGCUGCUUUUUCUACGGCACAUUCAACUGUCAUAUAAUCUGCUAGCCAUCCACUGGCUGGGGCCCAAAUCUAUUGCAUGUCUAGACACGAAGGAGAUCCUCCAUCUUUCGGAUGUGCGUACGAAUCGUGAGAUGGAAGUAAUCGAUCUCUCGAACGUAGGUCUUAUGUAUAAUUCAGCGCAAUUCAAGGGACUAGCUACUGGAGGUAAUGUGUCUCCAGCUCUGGCCUUAGCAGGGGCUGCCGCAUGUUAUAGCACGGUUGUCUCGCAAGGCAACCAAUUGUAUCUUCUGGGGGGUAAAAGUCUUCACGCCAUCAGUGCUCGCGCUUGGAGUGAUCGGAUAUCCUACCUGACUUCGAUGCAGCGGUGGGAUGAAGCGAUCGAUCUGGCCAUCGAGGGGUACCGGGCGGCUGCUGGCCGACACAGACGCUUGGUAUCGUCGAAGGAGAGAAUCUUGCGGAUGUACGAGGAAUACCUAAACGCCACCAAGAAGACACCCGAACUAUGCCUCGAAGCAAUCAUAGCAUGUUUGAUCGAAAUUCAUGAAAAGCAAUUACUCUGGGAAGAGCUGUACGAUCGACUACCAUCGGUGGAACGUUAUUUACUGAUCAUAGCAAAGCACAUCGAAACCGAGCAUCUUGACGUCAUUGCACCCAGCGUAGCGCAGGUGAUGUGUGAAUUCUUUUGGAAGAAAGGCGACACAGCAAGGCUGGAGAGCUUGAUUCUGAAGUUAAAUUGGCAGUGUCUUGAUCUGCAUCAAGUGCUAACGAUUUGCCGCAAGGAACGGCUUUACAAGGCUCAGAUGUACCUCAACACGAAGGCGCUCGGAGAUUACACAAUUUCACUCACCGAUCUAAUACCACAGAUCGAGGUCGCAACUGAUGAUUUGCAUUUAGGUAACUGCAUCCUGGUGUACAUUUCCAGCUGUCUUGCCGGACGUGGCUAUCCCAGUGGGGAAAUUGCCCCAGAAACUAUUCCUACGGUUAAGCACGAAGUGUUGCGCUGUUUAACAGUGAUCCAUUCGAAAAACGCGGCAGACGAUGAGCUGCCUUACCCGUACCUGCGGAAGCUGCUACAUUUCGAUACCCGUGAAACGCUGAACGUUAUUUCGCUUGCAUUCCAGGAAAAAGAAUUUCACGGAGAGCUAGGACAGUCUCAACGGCAACGGAUUAUUAACAUUUUGCUCGAAAUUCUAACGCCCGAAUACGCUACGUGGUCGCAGAUUGGGGCGUUGCUUAACUUUAUCGCGCAGCAAAUCGCCUCUCGAGAACUGCCAGAAAACGAACUGCUGCUAGACAAGGUCGUGACGUACCUUACGGUACCGAUGGACGAGCCACUCUCCCGGCGAGAGCAUUUUGAACGCGAACAGACUUGGCUUGAAUUGCUCUGCUCCAACUGCCUUGAUCACAUUCCGAUAGAGAAGCUGUUGGAGUUGGCUAGGCAAAACCGGUGCUUCCACGUGGCAGAGAAAUUGCUUGAGCGGCUCGAGAAAUACGAAGACAUUUUUGACUGCUACCUUCUGGACGAGUUCCGACACAUCCAGCUUUUUUCCUACAUCUCUCAACACGCAACUGAUGCACGACGGCAUGUUUAUCCCCUGGUGGUGAAGAACUUAUGCCAAAUAGUCGAUAUCAACUGCGAGUUGGCGGCUCGUGCGCUGGUGGACAAUUUUAUGCGCUAUUUAAGUCACUUUUUGCAAUUGCUUGAGCAAGCAGACGUACCGGAACGGUUGUUUUGCUUUCUUGAAGCAUUGCAAAAGCAGUCGGUGCAAUUGGAGACGACCGAUUUAGAGCGGUAUCUAGAACUGCUGUGUCAAUAUAAGCCUGAGGAGGUCAUAGAUUUUCUAAAAUCUAACGACUCGUACCGGUUGGACAAUGCCGUCCGUACGAUUCAACGCUUUGCACUGAGCGCUCCAUUGAUCUACCUGUACGAGAAGCAGGGUGACUACCAGUCUGCGUAUGCUGUGGCGGUUGAAAACCUCAAGGACGCCCCGGAAAGUUCGGUGGAAAUGUGUGCGCUGCAAGUGAGCGCUCUUUGUACGCGAGCCUCCUCCGUCCUAACUGAGAACGACCGUGAGCAGCUGUGGUUUUCACUGCUCAAUCUCGUGCUCGCACGCAACGAUCUCACAUCGAUCACUAAGAAUAUUCUACACUCUGCCAGCGAGUUUGUCGAUCUGUCCAAGCUCGUUCAACUCGUGUUAACCUCCGGUACGAGCACCGGUAACUUUGGCGAUAUCAAGCACCUGCUGAUUGGAAUGCUGUCCAAUUCGGCGUACGAGACGCUGCUCCUGCAGACCACCGCUCGCAUACUGGGCAACGAUUUGCACUGCAUUUUAGCGCGAGAACGCCGGCAGGCUAUGCGCGGACUGGCGGUAAAGUCUAUCAAAUGCAUCAUCUGUCGCUCACGGUUGUACAACACUGAACGUCAACCGAUCGUUGUGCUGGGCGAUUGUGGCCAUGCCAUGCACCAGCAAUGUGCCGCGAACUUUUGCACCGUUCCCGUCGAUUCUCCAAUGGAAAAUCGAGGAGCAAAGCUGAGUGACAACGGUGGAGCCACCACCGGUAAAGCUGAUCCGUUACCCUCCGUGAAGCGGUUAAAAUGUCCGCGGUGCGACACGGUGAUAGAAGAACAGAGCUCCAUUCGAACGCCAGAAAGUUACGGAGAAGUAAACCGGUUCGCUAGGGACAACCAGAACGCCGACAAAGGGCCCAGCACGCUGAAGCUGAGUGCCCCACCGAAGGUGGGAUAGUCCCUUCGAGCAAGCGGCUCCUUCUAGGAGCCAUUCCAUAAUUUGCCUGGUGUCUGGUGUGGAGGGAAUAGCAAACAGCUAAACCGGCUUGACUCAGCGAAGACAAAUUGUAAGCGAUGGUAAAUGUUAGAACAAUUGCUACCAAAAAUGGAUGGUUUUACUGUUAGUUAAUGGCGUAAGUAUUGAGUUAUUAUUUAUCUUGUACUAUUGCAUGGACAUGGCGGCGUGGCGUUGCCGCUAGUGCAUUACAGUAAAUAUCCUUCUAUAGCGACGCGUUAUAUUUGUGCCGUAAGCAAAUGUAAAUAUCCCCAAUCGAGGUAACGGAAAACGUGUUAGGAACAUUAUAGUUGUUCGUGGAAUAAACACAUCAC